CCGAAUUCAUUCUCUCUAAACUCCCUUGUAAAAGCACUCGUGCAUUCUCUGCUAUAAUAUUAAUUGGGCUACAAGUGUUCCACCUAAAGUCCUCCCGGUCAUAUUUGUGUGUUUUUACCCUUUUACUUUCCGAAUCAAGUAAACAGUCCUAGACCCGGUCUAGAAUAGUUUACCCGGUUAGGUAAUUUACACCAUCAUUUUUGGCGCCGACCGUGGGACCGUUAAGGUUUCUUUUCACCUAAACACAAACCUACCCACAAAAACACCACUUAGAAUGUCUUUAAGCCUGCAAAUCAACGCUACUUCCGCUCAGGUGCAAACCACUGUUGAGGGAGCCACCGUCCCCAUGGUUGCUACCCUACCGGCUAUUUCUGCUCCGGUGACGCCGUUGGGAUUAAGCUCAAUCCCAACACCAAGCAUGGUCACCCCGUUCACGAUCCCCGUCCCUUCUGCUGGGCCAAGGGUCACAUUCCCACCAAGCAUGACCCAGUUCAUGAAUGACCCGGCCAAUCUACAAGCCAUCCAAGGCUUUGGCCAGGUCAUGGCCAUGUGUCAGCAGAAUGGGGGGAUGCCAUUCCUCCCAGGCAUGUUUCCAUUUGCCCUCCCAGGCGCUGGAACAAUGCCUCUGCAAACUCCGAUGGCGGUGUCUUCCUUCCAGACACCGAUACCACAGCCAUCACCUUUCCAGCCACAGGUGGUCAGUGCUGUGGCCCCCGUCAACUUGAUCGGUGCACUCAACGCCGCCGGUUCGUCACGACCUCCACAAGACGCCCAUCCCCAGGCAACUCCAGAGGGUCAUUGCAUCUCUGUGGAGAGUGAUGAUGAAGAGUGGGACGUCCCCAGAGCCCACAAGAAGAAGAAGGGAAAGGCCCUCAGGCCGACAACUUCCCGAAACUCCGCCUUCGAAGGGCUUGGAGAUAGGGAAGAGGGUCAAAGGAAGUCGGCCAAACUGAGAUUAGGUACAGCCGGGCAGAGGGAAUCUGAGAACCUCACUCAGUUCCUUACCCGGUGGAAGGAAGAGGUAGACAAGGUGGAAGAGAUGGAUGACAAGACGGUCUUGUCCCUUCUCUUGAAUGACUUACGUGCCGGGGAACUAUACAAGGAGUUCUGCAGGAAACCACCGGCCACGUAUCAAGAAGCAUACCACACGGCAUGGGAGUUUGCUGAGGCUGAAACCCAACUCCGGGCGAAGAAAGAAGCUGAGCAUGGCUUCAAGCCCAAGCCGGUGCAAGUGAAGAAGGAAGAAGCACUAGGUCCUAGCCGGCCAAGGCACCAUUAUGACCCAGUCGUCCGAGUGGUCAAUACGGAAGAAUGCCAGGAGAUAAGGAAAGCACCGGUCAAUCCUCCAGAAGCUCCUACCGGUCAACCGAGACGGCAAUGGUCGGACACGUAUUGUUCGUACCAUAGGCCAGUGGCUCAGUGGAAUGACCGGGACAAUGACCGGCGGAGGAAUAACCGGCAGAGGGAGCAGCAGCCUGCUCCUGAUAAGGAACACAUUGGCAUGAUAUUCGGUGGACCUGAAGGUGGAGAUUCAGCCGCGCAGCGAAAGAAUUGGGUCCGUAGCAUCUACAUUGGCGAAGUCAAUGCUGAACCGGUCAGGCGUAAGCAGACCAGGAGGGAACCGAUCGUCUUCACUGACCAGGACCUCCCAGCUACCGGUGAAGAUCAUAAUGAUCCUUUGGUUAUCACCAUGGACAUUAACGGGGUGGAUGUCGCCUGGGUACUUGUUGACACCAGCAGCAGUGUUAACAUCCUGUACCUGGAAACUUUCCAAAAACUCAGGUUGUGUCGGACACAACUUGAUCCCCUGAAGACUCCUCUCUCAGGCUUCACGGGAGAUACCGUGGAAGCAGAAGGAUCCAUAGUUCUACCGGUGGAACUAGGAUCGGGUGACAAGACCGUAUGGAAGAAGAUGCGGUUCAUCGUUGUGGACAUCAAAUGCGUCCACAACGCAAUCCUUGGAAGACCGGGCAUCAACAAAGUCCGGGCGGUGAUUUCCAUGUCUCACCUGUGCAUGAAGUUCCACACUCCAGGUGGUGUGGGAGAAGUGAAAGGCGACCAUAGGAAUGCUCGGGAGUGCUAUGCCCGGGCAGUGAAGAAGAUGACGAAGGGGGUCAACGUCAUCUCCCAAGAGAUCACCAAGGGAGAGAUCCGGGAGAAACUAGAGCCCGAGGCCGAGACGGUGGAGAUUGAACUUCACCCGGGUGAUUCUUCAAGGAUGGUCAGAAUUGGAGCAAAUCUCCAAGAAGAUCUCAAGGCGGAGAUUACGCGUUUUCUCCAAGAGUACGCGGGCAUAUUUGCAUGGAGCGUGGCAGAUAUGCCUGGAAUUGACCGCUCAAUCAUCUGCCACCGGCUGGCAGUGAGGGAUGGAAGUCGACCGGUAUGCCAGAAGAAGAGGUACCUAGCCAGUGACCGGCGAGACUUCGUCCGGAAGGAGGUAAAGGACCUCCUUAGUGUUGACCUACCGGUCAACAAACCCACGGAGCAAUGGUGGGAGAUGGCGGGAGAUGGGGCAUCUGGUCCUAAAAGCUACGGGGGUGUUAUAGUGUUUACUACCCCAGAAGGGUUCAAGAUCUACCAUGCACUCGUCUUCAACUUCAAGCUGACGAACAAUGAGGCAGAAUAUGAAGCUCUGGCUGGAGGGCUCAGACUUGCUCAAGUAGAAUCCUUCGGCAUCACCAACGUCACCAUUGACGGACUUAGAGGAGGUCAAAGAAAACGAUCUCGCACCGGGAAGAACGUUGCUUCCUCCUUGGCUCCUCCACCACCACCGGCGCACAAAUACCUCGACGGGUCUUUCUUGUGGUUCAACGACCACGCAGAGGCGACGCGGUUCUCGGAAAAGUUCGAGCACCGGGAGAUUCUUCCUCCCCGGUUUUCCACCGGCCGAUUCAUCCACAGCGCCAUCCCUCGCCAGGCACGGGUCAUCCUCGAGAGUGGACGCUUCCUCGACCUCCUCUACAUUAAGAAAAACGACUACCACCCUUUUCUUGUUCGAGCCUUCUACUCGAAUUUGAAAAAGGAUGAGGAUGGGUCGCUGAUUUCCAACGUCAAUGGGGUGGAAAUCUAUUUGAAUGAGGAGAACAUUCAAAUCCUCACCGGGCUUCGACGGGAUGGACAGGAUCUCGGGCUCUACGUCGGAGAAGAAGGAGCACGGUUCAACGAGACCGCCCUCUUGGAGGAAGUGGGCAUCCGAAACUUCGUCCCCACUCCUCAACAGCGGCGUCCUACGAUUUCUUCCAUGAGUCUCGUGUAUCGUUUCAUCUUCUAUGUGUUGACACGGAUCCUCAAGCCCAGGAAGUUCAACCACACCACUCUCUCCCAAGAAGACACGAAGACGAUCCAUGCGAUGAUUCACAACGCCAAUAUCAAUUGGUGUAAAUUUGUGAUGAUCCACAUGUUCAACGCCACCUCCGACAACCGGCCGCUUCCCUAUGCUCUUCUCGUCAUGGCGAUCCUUGAUGAGUACCACAUCAAGACGGACGUCGGGCCGAAAUGCAAAGGGACGAAGCAUUGGGUGAUUGACGAGUCCUCCUUCCACCCGGGAACCGAUGAAGCUACGUUUCCGCAGCCUCGUCCUCGUCGCCAACCAAGAGCUACUGCCUCGACUGCCACCCCUUCAACCAAUCUGUCUCUCGCCGAGCAAAUGGCGGCUUUGACCACUACCUUGUCUCGGAUAGACACCAGCGUCUCCAAAACGGCACACAAAGUCGAUGUUUUGAGCCGUGAGCUUCACGGGUAUUUUGACUUUGACAAUUACCCUUAUGCUCAAAUGGUCCCCUACGUUCCUCCACUGAAUUUCGGAGGUGAACCAAGCGGGACUCAAAAUGUUGGUAGGGACGACGCGGUGGACGUUGAAGAAGAAGAAGAAGCAGAAGAAGAAGAAGAAGAAGAGGAAGAAGAAGCCGAUGAUGAUGAUGAUGAUGGCGAUGGUGAUGAAGAUGGAGACGAUGAAGAAGAAGACAUUGACGAAGAACAACUUCUCAAUGAUCUUUCCCCGGAUUUCUAAGAGCUCUAGCUCUAUUUUUUCUCCUCUUCCUUAUUUUAUCAUCUUUUUAUGUACUUUCGUUAUGAACUCCUCCACUUCCCUUAAUUAAUUAAUAAAAAUCUUUAUGGUUUUUGUUAUUAAAUCUUUUUGUUAAUG